AUGCCACCCAAGCAAGGCCAGCAAUCGAGCCAGCAAAGUCAGAAGCAGAGUGUGGCCCACUUCAAGCCGGGGCAAGUGCACUACACCACCCUCGAGGGUAUUCCUGAGGGCACUCCGGUGAUGUCAGAAGCUGGGGAGAGAACCUUCUUUGGGCCCGACAUGGUUAAUGAAGCAGAAGAACAGAGUUUUAAUUUGGCGGUUCUGUCGUAUGCAUUUUCUGUGUUUGCUGGUGUCGGUGAAAGGACCCGUGAAGGCAAUGACUUGUACAGGGAAAUGAUUGAGAAUGGUGUUAUUAAGCUCGGAGAUAAGCAGAGCGAAAGCAAGUGUGCUCUUGUGUACGGACAAAUGAACGAACCUCCUGGUGCUCGUGCCCGCGUUGGGCUCACUGGUUUGACAGUUGCUGAGCAUUUCCGAGACGCCGAAGGGCAGGAUGUGCUCUUGUUCAUUGAUAACAUCUUCCGUUUCACUCAGGCUAAUUCUGAGGUGUCUGCUUUGCUUGGUCGUAUCCCAUCUGCUGUGGGUUAUCAACCUACUCUCGCUACUGAUCUUGGAGGUCUUCAAGAGCGUAUCACUACCACCAAGAAGGGGUCUAUUACAUCUGUACAGGCUAUUUAUGUGCCUGCUGAUGAUCUGACUGAUCCUGCUCCUGCAACUAAAUUUGCCCAUCUUGAUGCCACAACAGUGCUGUCCCGUCAGAUUUCUGAACUUGGAAUCUACCCUGCUGUGGAUCCCCUUGACUCUACAUCUAGAAUGCUUUCACCCCAUGUUUUGGGAGAAGACCACUACAACACUGCUCGUGGCGUUCAGAAGGUUCUGCAGAACUACAAGAACUUGCAGGAUAUUAUUGCCAUUUUGGGUAUGGAUGAGCUCAGUGAAGACGACAAGCUCACUGUCGCACGUGCCCGCAAGAUUCAGCGGUUUCUGAGCCAGCCUUUCCAUGUUGCUGAAGUUUUCACGGGUGCACCUGGCAAGUACGUGGAGCUGAAGGAAAGUGUCAAAAGCUUCCAGGGAGUUUUGGAUGGCAAGUACGACGACCUACCUGAGCAAUCUUUCUACAUGGUUGGAGGAAUUGAGGAAGUUAUCGCCAAGGCUGAGAAGAUCGCCAAGGAGUCCGCAUCCUAGGAGCGAUGGUAUUCUUGUAAGAAGAGAAACUAGCUGUGCGAAUGAAUAAUUAAAGGUGGAGACAAAUAUCAUCGUCUUGAGCUCGCAUUUUUGCAUUUCUUUAAAAGAAGUAGAUUAUGACGAAAUCCUUACGGUAAAGAAACUGUACUGAAUGAUUGUCCCCAAACGAUUCGAUUCUUUUUUUUCCCCAGCUGUUUACGCUGGUUCAUUUGCUCUUUUUCA